AUGAGGCAAAGCGUCUCCCAAAGAGAUGUGCAUCGCCGCGACUUACCGGUGACUCUGCCCAACGCUGAUUACCAAUAUCUCAUCGAUCUCGACAUCGGAACACCCGCGCAGAGUAUCAGCCUUGCCGUGGACACAGGCAGCAGUGAUGUCUGGGUCUUUGGCCCUAGCUCUUGCACCGCUUGCUCGGGCGGAGUGUUUGAUCCAACCCAAUCAAGCACCGGCUUCUACGAGAAUGAUCUUGGAGACUUUUCGACAUCUUACUAUGACAACACCACCGUUACGGGUUACUACAUCACAGUUACGGUCACAGUGGCCGCUGCGACCGUCACUGGAGUCACCCUGGGCGUGGCUACCAAGACGAAUUCUCUCUACUGGUCCAUCCUGGGCAUUGGUUUCGAUGGAGCCGAAGCCAGCCAGGUCAAGCACAACGGUUUUCUGGAUGACCUCUACAAGCAAGGCGUGAUAACGUCGCACUCGUACAGCAUUCAUCUCGAUGACCAAGAUGCUGCCAGUGGCACCAUCAUCUUCGGCGGCGUCGACUCAACCAGAUACUCGGGCGAGCUCGUCUCCUUGCCCAUUGUCCCCUACUCCGACAGCGUACCUCGCCUGCAGGUCACAUGGACGUCUCUGUCUCUAACCGAUGCCUCUGACACCACGACGGCCUUGACACAAUCAGAUCUAUCAUCUCCUGUCAUCUUGGACACCGGGUCCACCACCGCGAUUCUGCCGGUUGACAUCUUCAACGAACUGGCGUCCUUCUUUGGCGUCCACCAAGCUGACAAUGGAGUCUACACUGUCCCGUGCCAAGUGCCAGAGGGCUAUUUCACAUUUGGCUUCGGCGCCGGCCCCGCCAUUACGAUCCAGGUUCCCUUUUCCCAGAUCGCGGUGCCGGAUAUUGGUGGGUCCGGCACCUGUCUUUUUGGGUUCCAGCCGCAGGCAGAUAGCCUCAUCUUCUUCGGCGACUCGUUCUUGCGGAGCGCCUAUGUCUACUACGAUUUCGACGCCUCGACAAUCAGCCUGGCCCAAGCGAAGACCACAUGA